AUAUUAACGAGGCGCUAUGGAAACAGGUGUGGAAGAAGGUUGCCGUCCCGACGGGGGAAGGCGUGGGCGCGGGCUGCCCGGCCGGUCUUCCAGUCUUCGCGAAGAUGUCCAUCCUCCUGCUCCUCCUCCUCCUCACAUCCGCGGCCCCUCACCGUUCCACGUUCUCCCUUCCGGGGCGGGAAAUCGUCGCGUCUUCCUCGGCCGUCUUUACCGGCACGGUCGUCUCUCUGGACGGCCUCGACCUCCGCAUCCAUCCCGUCAGGUUCAUCAAGGGGUCGAGGAAGGGCGACGUCGACGUCCGGUUCGCCCGGGGGAUGAGAGUACCGUCCGUCGGCGAUACGAGGAUCUUCCUUGUAAACGAGGACGGCACUGCUGCCGCCCCGCCGGUCACGAUGAAGCUGUCAAAUCUUGCUAAGAUCGUCACCGCAAUAACAGAUGUGGCCUACCGCCCGCAGGAGGUUGCCGAAGAGCCUUGCGAAUCGAUGCCGUGCCCUCUGGGGGCGGAGUGCCUCGUCCUGGAGGGGGGCCCAGUUUGCCAGUGCAGGCCCCACUGCCCCCAGGACCCGUCCAACGUCUGCGGAACGGACGGCAAGACGUACCUCAACCUCUGCGAGCUGAGGAGAUCCGCAUGCGUCAACGCGACCAACAUAGGCGUCCAGUACCCGGGCCAUUGCGGCGGCACGGACGGAGGCCCGUGCGAGCUGACGAAAUGCGGCCCGGGCGAGAGCUGCGUCGUAUCGAGGGACGGCACGUCGGCCGAGUGCAAGUGCCCGACCUCGUGUCCCGACUACGGCGAUCACUCGGGGAGCAGGCCGGUCUGCGGAUCGGACGGUGUCGACUACAAGGACAUCUGCUCCAUCAACAUGGCCAAGUGUUCGUCCAAGGAGAGAACCGGGAUUGAGCUCAAGUACCAGGGACCUUGCGAUCCCUGCGCCGGUGUCGUCUGCCCGGGAGGCGAGGUGUGCCUCGUCACGGAAGGUCGGGUCCCGAGGUGUUCCUGCCCCGAGAUGUGCCCGAUGCAGGAGUCUCCUGUCUGCGCCACGGAUGGUCAGACGUACUCGAACGAGUGCUACAUGCGUCUCGAAGCGUGUAGAACUAGGAAGCACCUUCUCGUCAUGUAUAGAGACACCUGCUCCUCAGGAAUAAACCCGUGCUCUGGAUUGAAAUGUAGCCAUGGCGCAUCGUGCCAUGUUUCUAAAGAUGGCAAGGCGUCCUGCGAGUGUCCUCCGCCUUGCGAGGAGGUGAUGAGGCCGGUCUGCGGCACGGACAACCUCACGUACGAAUCCGCUUGUCACCUGGCGCGUAAAAUGUGCCUGGAGAAAGGAGACGUGGGACUGGCGUAUACGGGCACGUGCGGAGCUGAAGGGCCGUGCACACAUAAGGAUUGCGGGCCGCUUGCUGUCUGCAAGCAGACGGGCACGAUAGCCGAGUGUGUCUGCAACACCUGCGGUUCGGAGUACGAGCCAGUCUGCGGGACGGACGGCAUCUCCUACGGCAACGUAUGCAAGCUGAGACGCGAGGCGUGCCUUCGCGGCAAGUCCAUCGAUGUCCUCUACCAAGGACUUUGCGACGGCUGCGAGAAUAAAAAGUGCGAUUUUUUCUCAACCUGUGUCAGCGACUCGUCAGGGGACGCACACUGCGUCUGCACGACCAACUGCUCGGCCACUGUCGGAGAACAGGUCUGCGGAACGGACGGCGUCACCUACCAGAACGAGUGUGAGCUCAAAAUGACCGCGUGUCAGAACAAGCUGAAUAUACAGCCCGCAUACAAAGGAGAUUGCGAAUCCUGCGCUGGGGUGGUGUGCCAGUACAAAGCCAAGUGCUCGGGCGGCCGGUGCGUAUGUCCGACGGACUGUUCUGCCGCCCCUGUUGAACAGGUUUGCGGUUCCGAUCUCGUCACUUACGUCUCUCAGUGCCAUCUUCUCAAAAGGGCUUGCGAGCUGAACGACAAAUCUUUGGACGUGCUGUUCUUUGGAAGUUGCGAACGGCGGUCACACCGACCCAUGAGUCACGCCAUAACUACUCCUUUGACAGUGGUGGACAGAGAGGAGGCGUGCAGGGAUGUUAGAUGUGAUUACGACGCGACGUGCGAGGUGGACCCGGAAGGCUAUCCGAAGUGCGUUUGUUCUUUCGACUGUUCCGGUGCUAAAGGGUCCGAGGUGUGCGGCAGUGACCUGAACCUGUACUCGACUUCGUGCCACAUGCGCGCGGAGGCGUGCAACACGCAGAGCGAGAUCCGCGCUAGGCCUUUGGACCUCUGCCAGGGGAUGGAGGUGAAGCCUUGCGGCGGGGACAGGCCGCUUGUCGACCCGGAGACCGGCGAAGAGCUCGAUUGCGGCAACGGCCAUAACAGGCAAGACUGCCCAACAGAAUACUACUGCCACCAGACAUCGUCUUUCGCCAAAUGCUGCAGAAAAGAAUCAGGAGUCUAUCUGAAAGACUGCGAGGACUCCUGGUACGGAUGCUGUCCUGACGGUAAGACACCUGCCCAGGGGCCUGAGAACGAAGGAUGUCCCAAAAACUGCGGUUGCAACAAGAUCGGAUCGUAUUCCGACUGGUGCGACGACGAGAAAGGCGAGUGCAAAUGCAGGCCUGGGGUCGGAGGUCCCAAGUGCGACCGAUGCCAGAGCGGCUACUGGGGNUAUAUAUAUAUAUAUCUAUAUAUAUAUAUAUAUAAAUACAGUAAUUUAAACAUAAAACAUGAUUUUAUGUUGGGAUUUUUUUCUUUUAAAGCGGAUGUGACUACACCAGUACCGACCUCUUGUUCACAAGUGAUCUGCUACUUUGGAGCUGUGUGCGAAGAAAGAGACAACAGGGCGAGCUGCGUGUGCGCGGCGACAUGCCCGCAGGACGAACGUCAGCAAGUGGUCUGCGGCUCCGACGGCCAGACUUACGGGUCGGAGUGUCAGCUGGUACUCUACGCCUGUAAGUACCAGAUGGACAUCGCGGUCGUGUCCCUCGGUCCUUGUAAGGAGAGCAGCUACAGCUACUUGGCCACAGAAGGCCCGGCUCGAAGGUGGACAUCGUACAGCCACGUCGUGAGCCAAUUGAGCAAGUCGACCCGCCACUUGCUCCAGGACAAGUACAACUUACCAGGUCGAAGCCGUGACGUCUACUUGAUUGACGGCUUCGUCACGUCCGCCGUGGAAAUGGGUUCGAAAUUAAACGAGCCCUGCACGUACAACGAAGACUGCAGGACCCAGUCGACCGUCUGCCUCCAGGGCGUCUGCUCUUGCGAAGAAGGAUUCAUACAGACUCAAGAUAAAACGGAAUGCAUAAAAGAGGAGAUACCGUCUUUCACCGGGAAGUCCUGGCUUAGGCUUAGGCACAUGAAGGCGUACCACAAGUUUAGCCUGGAGUUGGAAUUUACGACAUACAACUUGGACGGUAUCCUCUUCUACGCACAGCAGAACCUAGACGGCACCGGGGACUUCAUCGCGCUCUCCAUCGUCAACGGAUAUGUACUUCUCAGCUAUAACCUUGGAUCUGGGACAGUCAGGGUGAGCUCCCUGGUCAGGAUAUCACUGGGAAAUUGGCACAGGGUGAAGGUGAGGAGAUACCAGAGAGACGCGCUUCUGCAAGUCGACGGAGAGACUCCGGUCCCGGUACAGUCGCACGGAAGCCUCGUAGCCCUGGACCUCACGCAGUCGCCUUAUUUAGGCUACGUCCCAUCGAAUUAUACAAAAGUGUUUCAGAACGCAGGGACGGACAUGGGCCUCGUGGGUUGCUUGAGGGCAUCGCAUCUCGAACCUGAGGAGGAGUUCGCCAUCAGCAGUUGCGACGACAACCCGUGCCGAGGGAGACCGUGCCAGAACCAAGGCACGUGCGUGCCGGUCGACGGCCUUGCCUCGUGCCACUGUCCGCACAACUUCACGGGCGAUUACUGCGAGGAAAUGCUGAACCCUUGCGCUCAUGGUGUUUGCUCCAUCGAGACCCAAUGCCACGCCGUCCCUGGUGGAGGGUUCGACUGCCUCUGCUCUACUGAACAGGAUCCUCUCUGCGAUGCCGGAGACCCGGACCCUGUGAUCUUCUCCGAAGAGACCCUAGCACUGCCGCGGCUGGAAGGUGUCUCCAGGGCGUUCUCGAUAACCGUCUGGUUCAAGUCGUUCUCGGAAGACGCGUCCCUGCUCUACAACAGCCAGUCCUCGCACACGGGCAAAGGUGAUUUUGUGUCUUUGACGAUCGAAGAAAGGCGGCCUGUCUUCUCCUACAGCCUCGGUGGCAACCCGGCCGUCAUUGCUGCAAACGAGACCGUCACGGUCGGGAGGUGGCACUCGGUCCACAUCUCGAGGACGGACAAAGACGGCACCCUCCGCCUGGAUUCAGGACCGGUGUACAAAGGACAAUCUGGCGGGGAACACUUCGAGCUUAACCUGGAGCAGCCGCUGUACGUCGGCAAGCCACUCUACCUGGACGAUGCACCCCACUUUUCAGGCGUGGUGCAAAAGCUCGUCGUAAACGGAGACCGCCUCUUUCUCGCCUCCUUGGGCAAGAUCGGCGUCUACGAGGGCGAACCUUGCACGAAAAGCGCCUGCGAGGGAAACCAGACUUGUUUCCCGUUGCUUUCGGAGUACCGAUGUUCCUGCGUCGCCCCGACCUGCUCAGAAACAGGGAGGGACUUCGAAGAUGCAGUCUACUUCAAUGGCAACGUUGUCGUCAAGUACCCGAGGAAAAUCCCGAAAAGAAACGACACGGAAUACGAAGAGGACGAAGAAGAAUACGAAAUAGAAGAAGAAGGCGAUGAAGAAGAAGAAGAAGAAACCGAAUACGACGAUUAUGAGGAGGAGAGGAGGGGAACGAGGCUAGAGAUGUGGGCGAAGAGCGAGUCAGACGGGCCGCUUCUCGUGUCAAAAUCGCCCAAAGUCUGGGCACUAAUAAUCCUCGAGGGUAGAACGGUCCUCACCGCACAGGUAGGCGAGAAGCAGAUAUCACUGACAUCCAAGACCCGGAUGGAUGACGGACAGUGGCACCAUGUUGUCGCAGUGAGGCGGAGAAGGAUGCUCCACUUGCAGGUCGACGAUGAGCCAGCCGUCAGGAUGCCCCUGGGUCGCAGCAUCGCCGGAGCUAAACGAUUUUGGCUAGGAGGUUGUGCCACCCUUCCAGGCGGUCUGCCCGAAUACUUUUACGGCCGUUACAAGGGCUGCAUGCGAGGCGUGAGCAUAGACAAAAAACCCGUCGACCUCAGGGAUUACUCGUCGAGGCUCGAGCACUGUGUCGACAACAAUUUAAGAUAAGACAAUACAAUUUUGUGUAAACAAGAACGUCGAGGGUGGACAGUACAAUAAGUAAGAAACCCCACAGAAGUAAGAAAAUCAUAAUAAUUACAAAAAGUAACUAUAAAUUCUCCGCCCCCCUCCCCAAAAAAAAACCCUCGACAAAACAUAACUCCUGACCAAAUCAUAAUGACCCUGAAACCCUGAAAAACUUGUAAUAAAAUUUUCUUACAUUAUUUAUUGUGUGUAAUUUAUGUUGUUAAUUUAUUUGACACAUUAAGUGUUGGAUUUUUUAUAUAUAGUUUUUUUGUAAGUGAGGGUAUUUGUCUGUAAAUAAAUAAGUGUAAUUAUUACAAUGUAAUUUGUGAUUUAUGAAAGUCGUUAAUAAACUAAGUUGUUAAGCAUA